CGGGAUACAAAUCCAGCGUGGUACUUUAAGUUACGGGCUGUAUUUUGACAUUGCGGGGACUCAAACACCCCACCUUUUUAGUUUGCAAUAAAGGUUAGAACGCCCUUAGCACCACUUGACACAAGAAAACAAUUUGUGAGAUUUAUACCUAAAUCCCCACCAAAUUAAUCUAACGGUGGAAAAGUCGUCGUCACUCCUUCAAGACCUUCCCUCAUUGGUCAAUUCCGUUACAUUGCCUUGUUCUUUAAAGGGGUUCAAAUCAAGACGGCUCCUUCCUCGGAGGAUUCAGCCGUAUCAAAUUCAUUUGCCCUUCAUCUUCAGAGUCAUCAAUUCUUCAAAAUCUGCACUAUAUAUAAAAUUGGGUCUUGAUCAUUUCUGCCUUCUGUAAUCUGCAGCUUUUCUUGACCUUUGUGAGCUGCAGAAAUGGCUUCCCAGGCGCACUUGGACAAGAUGCAGCUCCGCCAGAACUACCGCAAUCUCUGGCACAGCGAUCUUGUCCACACCAUUCAGGCUGACACUCCAUAUUGCUGCCUUGCUCUCUGGUGUGGGCCGUGUGUAUCGUACUUGCUCCGCAAACGGGCACUUUACAAUGACAUGUCAAGGUAUGUUUGCUGUGCUGGCUACAUGCCUUGCAGUGGAAGGUGCGGCGAGAGUAAGUGCCCGGAGUUCUGCCUUUGCACUGAGGUCUUCCUGUGCUUUGGAAACUCUGUAGCCUCUACCCGGUUCCUGUUGCAAGAUGAAUUCAACAUUCAGACAACACAGUGCGACAACUGCAUUAUUGGCUUCAUGUUCUGCCUCCAACAAAUUGCUUGCAUAUUCUCCAUAGUUGCAAUGAUUGUAGGAAGUGAAGAGAUCUCAGAAGCUUCCCAGUUGCUAUCUUGCUUGUCUGAUAUGGUCUACUGCACGGUCUGUGCUUGCAUGCAGACGCAACACAAGAUCGAAAUGGACAAACGAGAUGGCAAGUUUGGUCCGCAACCAAUGUCAGUGCCUCCGAUGCAACAGAUGUCACGUUUGGACCAACAAGUCCCUCCCUCUGUUGGUUAUCCACCUCAGCCAGGGUACGGCUACCCACCCCCUCAGGCUCAGGGAUACCCUCCGGCUGGAUACCCACCACCUCAGGCGCAGGGAUACCCUCCAGCAGGCUACCCUCCACCAGCCUAUCCUCCAUCUGGCUACCCACCAAAGUGAUCUAUUGAUACCCUCCUCCAUGGUCGCCAUUGUUGAUAUGCGAAUAGUAGGACACGGCUAUGUGGUUUGGUUAUAUAUACAUGCAUAUUUGCAUUGAAGUUGCUCUGAAACUGGACUCUCUAUUUGAUCUAUAUCUUGGAAGAAACUUGAACUGUGAACUUUGGCUGUUCGUUUAGGUGGGUGGAAGAGAUUGAUUGAUGGCAUCGAUUCUUGACAUGUGGGUUUGAACAUUUUUUAUGUGUAGUAGUAACAUUAUGGACCGACAGAGUUAAUUAUCUGGUUGAAUUUUUUUGUUUGCUCUUCUGUGUUUUGUUGUUCCCUUGGCUACUUACUCCUCCAUGGUUGAAAAUUUUGCCAAGGUGGAUUUUUAUAUUUCUCACCCUGAGUGGCUGAGUCCAAUCAUAUGAAUCGAAGGUCAUUGUAAUGGGCCUCCAUUACCUUGGGCCAGCCUCAAUGUAGGAGCAGACAA